GCAGGGCCGCCAUUUUUGCAAAGGGAAAAGAGAGUGGGUUUGAGGGGAUCUAAUUUCUAAAAGUCGCCGUAGACUAAAGGGCACAGUUUUAAUGGUUCUGAGGCGUCUCUAGCUCAAAAUUGCGUUUUGGCUUAGACCCACGGAUAAGGACCUCUGACAGGAAGCAGCGCCUCUUAGGACGUCUGUAAAUACGUUUUUAAAGCUUUGCUAGUGAUCCGCAGUGUGUGGACAGAAGUAUUGUUUUGGUUGUGUGGAAAGCGACGGGGGUCUUUACCCAGGUCCACCUCAUUCGCCAUUCAAGUCUCAAGAGUGGACACAGACGGCCUUGUGGAUGCACUUAGAUGUCUGCAAUGAGUGCUGUGGCUGGCAUGCCUCAGUGUUUUGGACUUCCAUUCUCUGGACUCAGUAGGACAAGGACUGAUCAACAGAGAACGUCAUGAGCAUAGUCAUCCCAGUAGGGGUGGAUACAGCAGACACCUCAUACCUGGACAUGGCUGCUGGCUCAGAACCCGAAUUGGUGGAGGCCAGUCCUGUAGUGGUGGAAAAGUCCAGCUACCCACACCAGAUCUACAGCAGCGGCUCCCACCAUUCCCACAGUUACAUUGGCUUGCCUUAUGCUGACCAUAACUAUGGGGCGCGGCCCCCACCAACACCGCCAGCCUCUCCUCCCCCCUCCAUGGUGAUCCGAUCAGGAGAGGGGGGGCUGUUUGUCCCUGGGGGGCAGGACGAGGCAUCAAGGGGCACUACGCUUAGCACCUCUGAGGAUGGUAGCUACGGGGCUGAUAUCACCCGCUGCAUCUGCGGUUUCACCCACGAUGACGGCUACAUGAUUUGCUGUGACAAGUGCAGUGCUUGGCAGCAUAUAGACUGCAUGGGCAUUGACAGGCAGAACAUUCCUGAGACGUACCUAUGUGAGCGUUGCCAGCCACGGCACUUGGACAGAGAGAGGGCCAUCCUCCUGCAGAGCAGGAAGAGAGAAUGUUUAUCUGAUGGCGACACCAGUGCUACAGAGAGUGGAGAUGAGGUGCCUCUAGAGCUCUAUUCUACCUUCCAACACACACCAACCACCAUCGCCCUGACUACCGGGCGUCUUGGCAAUAAGCAGGCUGAUAAAAAACGCAAAAAGAGCGGUGAUAAAGAACCUCCGGCAGCUUCUGCCCGAGCAAAGAAGGCCUUUCGUGAGGGGUCAAGGAAAUCUUCCAGAGUAAAGGGUGCAGCUCCAGAGCAGGAGCCGACGGAGCACCUGUGGGAGAAUAAAAUCAAGACGUGGAUGGAGCGCUAUGAGGAGGCGAGCAGCAAUCAGUACAGUGAGGACGUCCAAGUGCUGUUGCGUGUUAAAGAGCAAGGCAAUGGCAAGAGCCUGGCUUACAACACCCACCCAGCCUCUUUCAAACCACCUGUCGAGAGUCAGGUUCAGAGGAACAAGAAGAUCCUCAAGGCAGUGCGAGACUUGGCUCCAGACUCCCUCAUAAUCGAGUACAGGGGCAAGUUCAUGCUUCGACAGCAGUUCGAGGCCAACGGCUACUUCUUCAAGAGGCCGUACCCGUUUGUAUUAUUUUACUCAAAAUUUGACGGCCUGGAAAUGUGCGUGGAUGCACGUAGCUUCGGCAAUGAAGCUCGCUUCAUCCGUCGGUCCUGCACCCCUAAUUCUGAAGUGCGGCAUGUCAUUGAGGAUGGCAUGCUGCAUUUGUACAUCUACUCCUUGAGGUCUAUCAGCAAGGGUACAGAGAUUACAAUUGGCUUUGAUUUUGACUAUGGCAGCUGUAAAUACAAAGUAGAUUGUGCCUGUGUGAAGGGUAACCAUGAGUGUCCGGUGCUGAAGCACAACUUGGAGCCCACAGAGAACCUGGGCACUGGAAACCGCCGGCGUGGGGGGCGCAAGGACAAGGACGUAACACGGGAUGACCAGGGCCAAAACCAGAACAUGGGUUUGGACAGCGAGGGAAAGUGCAAGACUGCAAGUGACAGCAAACAGAGAAAACUUUCUCCUCUUCGUCUCUCCAUUUCAAACAACCAGGAUCCUGAGUUAUAUGAGGAUCUUGAAGACAAAACCUCCGUUAGCAAUGAAGUAGAGAUGGAAUCAGAGGAGCACAUUGCAGAGAGGAGGAGGAAGAUGACGCGAGAGGAGAGAAAGAUGGAGGCCAUCCUACAAGCUUUUGCCCGUAUGGAGAAAAGAGAGAAGCGAAGGGAGCAGGCCCUCGAAAGAAUUGGUAGCAACAAGUUAGAAGUUGGGGGUCGCAGUGACAUCAAGGAGGAACCUCCAGCAACACCGGAGAUGGCCGAUUCCCCGGCUGUCAUGCAGACGCUAGUGGAGGUGAAAGAGGAGCCAGGACUGAAGCCCGCCAAGGUCAAAAACACACGGAACAGGAAAAGUUUGUCUCGGAACCGCACGCAUAUUGGCCAACAGCGACGGCGAGCUCGCACCAUCAGCACAUGUUCCGACCUGCCUCCAAGCUCUCCGGCAGAGUGCAUUGAGCCUCUGGUCAGUGAAACUCCCGAAGGCGAGGCACCCAGUGCACCAGAACCAGAGGCCAUCACAACCCAAGCACCAGACACCAGCCCUCCACAGAGCAGCUCACCCGCACCUGACAGAAACCGCGCCGGAAGCAAGAACUUCAAAACUAAAAAGCACUUUGUGAGUGAGUGGGUGGGGGAGAAGCAUCAUGACCGUGGUGCUGUGCGGACACCGGAACCCACUCCAGAGAGGCCGCUGAGAAUAAGCAGUGACCCUGAAGUCCUUGCCACCCAGCUUAACGCCCUACCAGGCAUGCCGUGCUCGCCACAUGUCUACAGCACACCCAAACACUACGUCCGAUUCUCGUCCCCAUUCCUGGUAAACCGCAGCCCCACCACACCUGGUGUCCCCACUGGACGGCGACGGUCCAGAGAGUUGCCAGAAGUACCAACAACUACUGGGUCUUGUAAGAAGCGAUGGUUGAAGCAGGCUCUGGAAGAGGAGGGUUCCACCAGUCCGGCCAGACGGCCGAGUUUUCCCAUGCCCAAUGAGAGUCCUCUGAGUCCCUCCAUCAACGGAGACUCGGACAGCCCUUUACCCUACAACGGCAAUUGCACAUUAACAGAGUUACCCACACCUUUGAAAAAGCGGCGGUUGAGUCCUUUAGAUGCCUGCAUGUCCGAGAGCUCCACACCCUAUGGUUCCCCAUGCGCCACACCCACCAGAGCAGACCAUGCCGAGACGCCCAUAACGCCCAUCUUGUUGGCUACCCCGCCACGACCAAGAAUGGAGGAGCCCAGUGCAGAGCUCUUACACAGCACCCCAGCACAUACACUUAACACCUGUCAGGAGAGUGAAUCUUCAGUUGACAGCUCCCCAGAGGCCAGCCGCAGGCCCAGUACUCAAGAAGCUGAACAACCGCCUUCGUUGGGUUCAUCUCCCUGCGUCAGAGCACCCAGUUCAGAUGGACUACAGACGGAGGGCAAAAUCUCAUUUCCUGAGAGUCCGCAGCCUCCUGCUGCUGAGUUGGACGGUGGAGAGGACAGAACUGAUGGCUGCAUUGCAGAAGGCAGUAAUGAGACUUCCUCAUCUGUAGAACUUUGUGCUUCUUCUUUCUCUGGCUGGAUAAAAAGUCCAGAAAGAGGCCCUGCUGGACCAGCUGGCCUGAACUUCUCUCCUGUCAACUCUAACUUAAGGGACCUCACCCCCUCACAUACUCUGGAGCCUCUAGCAGCUCCCUUCAGGCCUGAGGCUGCAGCUGGGACUGCAGGGGGCCCCACUGCAGGGACGGGGCCAUUGGUUGGCUCUUCAGCUCCCUUCAGCGAGUGCCACGGGCAGCUGUUUUACCCCUGUCUCGAGGAUGGUGGUACAUUGGGCUUUUCUCGCUCGAUGAAUGCAGAUUGCAUCAGUGAGGGAGGAGGGUCGGCGCAGCAUCCCCCACAGAAGAAGAAGGUGUCGCUGCUGGAAUACAGGAAACGUCAACGAGAAGCUCGUCGCAGUGGCUCAAAGACGGAGUGCUGCUCCCCCAUUUCCACCGUGCCACCUUUGACUGUUGAUGCCUUCCCCAUUGGCCUCGACACCACAAGUGAGCCUUCUGUGCCCUGUGCUCCCACAAUUCUCUGCAGCGCCAACAACACUGCCACCGCAAGGGACCCCCAGACGAACGAGGAGGCCGACGCCCUGGGAGAGAAGGCAGAGAAGGAAGGAGAAGGGCAGUGGACCUCAUCCACAUCUGUGGAGCAGGCCCGUGAACGCAGCUACCACAGAGCUUUGCUUCUCAGCAAGGACAAGGACACAGAUGGUGAGAUGGAGGGUGGUGAUACACCUGCACUGAGAGAUUGUUCAUCUCCAACUCUUCAGAAGACGCCCACCCAUACGCCCUGUUCUCCUGGUCCACCAGUCCAGCCGCCCAGUUGGCCGUCGAAGGAAGAAGAUGUUGACAGUCAGCUUUGGCCCUCCAGUCAGAGCAGCCAGUUACCAAGCAGACCGGCAGGCCCCAAGCCGGCCCCUCUGACACCCACAAAGCUGCACACGGCCCCCUUACCCUCCUCCCCCGUCCACUACCCCUGCUCCUCCGUCCUUCAUUCUUCUAAGCCCCAGCCUCAGGGCUCGCCCUACCGCAGCCAGAGGGUGCUGUUCUCCACACAGCCUCAAGGUCAGCCCCAGGCUCAGACUGCUCCAGCCCCUUUCCCACAGUACAACACACAGAGUGCUCCGCCGCCACCGCCGCCUCCUCCACCUGCACCGCCGCCAGCUGCCACAGCUUACUUCUGCAGCCAGAGCUCCACCCCCGUGGGCCCCUUCCCUGGUUUUAAACCUGCCGUCACCUCCCCCUACCCUCCUGGUUCUCAGCCCAUGAUGCAGACUCUCCCUCACAGCGUGCACUAUCAGACCUCAGCUGCUCCGCCGCCGCCUCCACCGCCACACCCGAUGCCCGGCCCCACGCUGUUGCACGUCAACCUGCAACCUCCUCCAAUCCAGCAGCACCAGCUUUUGAUGACAGCUGCCCCUCCCCCUCCUCCCCCACCACAGGGACAAGCUCCCCCCCAGCAGCAGCAGCCGCCUCCCCCUGGUAGCGCUCUGUUGUCUCUAACGCCUCCACCACCUCCUCCCCCGCCACCGCCCGCCCCUUCGACCAACGUGACCAUGCAGUCGCACCACUAUCAGAACUUGGGAGGUUUUCCUUCAGUACCCCCAUCCACAUACCCCGCACCUCUUCAGCAGACUGGACUGCCUCCCCCUCCACCUCCUCCCCCUCAACAGACUCAGCAGGGCCAGGCACAGGCCUCUGCUUCCCAAAUGCCUGCUGGGACUCGUGGAGCCCCCACAUCCUCAACCCCCUUCCACAGUUCGGGGUACCUGAACACAGGGUGGCACUGACUCCCCGCCCCCAUGGACUCAGCCUGAGAGGGGCGUGUACCAUAAGCUGUACAUACGUUUUCUAUGUACCUGAACACACGGCCAGUGGAAAAACAGCUGAUUGUGGGAUAAAAGGUUACUUUAAAAGAGGAAGAUGGGAAAACUUUUAGAAAACAAAACGGUAAACUCUUCAAGACAGACUGUAAACAUGAAGACUGACAUCCCUCUGGUGCUCAUGCUCCUCUGUCUGGCCUCUUUUUGCUAUAAUAAAUCUUUCCUAUGACGGAGAGGAACGCUCUCUGUUCUGUCUUCUUUGGACUCCCGUUGUAAAAUCCCGCACUUUAUCAACGGACAUUCCAGCCUAUUAACUCCUCCUUUUUCCAUCAUUUAUUCCUUUUCCUUCCUGUUGUCUGUCAUCUGCUCUUUCCACCAUUUAUUUGUUUCAUCUAGUGGUUCGAUAUAGCAAAGAGAAAGCUUUUUGUAUAUAAUAAUAAUAAAAAAUACACUUAUUUUUUUUAUUCCUCUGUCUAACAACAAAUGCGUUCACUGCUGCAGAUAAAGAGAAAAACGGCCUGUCUGUCCACCCCAGGAGUGUGUGUGUGUGUGUGUGUGUGUGUGUGUGUGUGUGUGUGUGUGUGUGUGUGUGUGUGUGUGUGUGUGUGUGUGUGUGUGUGUGUGAGAGAGAGUGCACAGUGAGUGUGACAUUGAGAUGUGCGAGUGUUAGACGUCUUCUCUGGUGGGCAGAGCGGCCUCACCUGCAGCUACGACGUUAGCGGUUUAUUUUUGAAUAUCGACGGUUAUUUGUAGAAAGUGUAAUUUAAUGUAUAGGUGGUUACUCCAGCUUUUCAUCAGAAACACUGUAAAUAUUUGCUUAUUUUCUUUUCUCUGCUUGUACAAAUUGCUCCCAUCCCUUUUUUUUCCUUAUUCUUGAAAUACAGUUGUAAAUAUGAACACUCUCUUAACAAAGCUGAAUGUUUCUGUAACUGUAGCAUUAUUUUAUUUUAUUCCCCCCGUCCCUUCCCCUUCUUCCUUAUACGGACUCUUCAACUUUUUUAUCAUUUGUGUGUGCGCGUGAGUGUAUGUUUGUGCAGAGGGGAGAGACUCGGACACUGCACUGGUUGGCUGUUUUCAUGGUUCAUUAUAAUAAAUCACUGUAAUGACAGUUUUAUACCACU